ACUCGCUCGCUCCUCAACCUAGCCGUGUCAUCUUUUCAACGCUCUCCGUCCCUCCCUCUUUCUUCCUUUCUACAAGUCCCUCCCAUUUUAAAAAUUUUCGCUACCCCUCCCUAAUCUUUUGUUUUGCCUCACAAUAAGGUUAGUAGUCAUUCCCUCUUUCAUUUGUCUUUUAUUCCUUUGUCCACCACCCUUCCUCGGCUGCUGGCUGCCCCCUUUCGUUCCGCUCCCUUCCAUUAAAUUUCUUUUAAUCUCUAAUCACUCUUUCUCUCAACAUCACAAUAAGGUUAAUUUCUUCAAUCUCGGUUAGUAUUUGAUUGUUAAUUUUUGGUAGCCAAGAGUGUAUUUGCCAUGACAUCUUUAGAACACUGGAUAAUUAUUAAUAAAAUAAAAGUACACUUGCUCAGAAAAAUUAGAUGAAAUUUGUCUGAUUUUAUAAUUCAACUAAUGCUCAAAAUUUUGAAAUAUUCUUAAUUUUAUCCAAUAAUCUGCAUAUUUCAUGUUGCUCUUAUAACAAAGAUUCUUAGUUUCCAUCAAACAAUAAUCUAUAAUGUUCACUAUUUUCUUCGCAAUUUUUACUUCCUAUAACCCAAAUCCCUAAUAUUUAAUUCGUUCACUUCACGUCCGUCGCCCGAUUUCACUGGACCAUCCUUUCCAUAUCUCUCCGGCGUGCUACCACCGCCGGUUGUCUUCUCUCCCGUCAGCUUCACUUCUUCAUUCACCUCGUCUACUUCGAAUCUCUGUUCUCUCCUUUUUCGGUCUUUCUUUCUACUGAAAAAUCAACGGAAAUGUGAAAUAACACCUGUCUCGUUUCCUGUCCAUUCCGAUCACACUUUUGCACCGCUGAUGGCACUUCAUUCACUUCGUCUCUGCCGCAUUUUAUCCGCUCUUUCCGCCUUCCACCACUAUACGGCACGUCAAACCAGCCACUCUAAUUUCUGUCCUUCUGUUCCGUUACUAUCUAAAUCUCUGGCUAUUAUCUCACCACAUUGGCCACUGAGGCCACUGAUACCGUCGUCAAUGGCUUCAUAUUCCCAAUCAUCAUUUGGGUCCAACAACAAAGAUGACAAGGUGGGGUCCGACACAUUAGCAUUGGAGGGCGCCGAUUACAACCACUGGCUCAUCAUCAUGGAAUUUCCCAAGGACCCAAAACCCACUCCCGAGGAGAUGGUUUGUGCCUACGAAGAAACCUGUGCCAAAGGCCUAAAUAUUAGUGUGGAAGAAGCAAAACAGAAGAUGUACGCUUGUAGUACUACAACGUACAAGGGGUUUCAAGCUGUGAUGACAAAGGAAGAAUCAGAGAAAUUUCGGGGUCUACCUGGUGUUGUGUUUAUAUUGCCUGAUUCUUAUAUUGAUCUUGUAAACAAGGAGUAUGGAGGAGACAAAUAUAUAAAUGGAGUCAUUAUACCAAGACGACCACCCAUUCAAUCUGGUGGAGGGCAGGAGAGAAAACAUCAGACAAGAAAUCCUGAUCAACCAAUAUAUGAGAGGGUAUCUAGAUCAUCGUCGAAUAGGCAAGGUAAUCCAUCCUUCUCCCAACAGGGUUCUACACAAGGAGAUGGACGCCAUUUCAUAGCUUCACAAAACUAUUCGCCACGAGGUUCACCUCAAAAUCACGGUCCCCCAGGUCGUAGAGAAAGGAGAGAUCCUUCACAUAUGAAUAGCAAUGCUUCUGAAGGAAGAGGUCCAAUGCCUUACCAUCAAACUUCCAUUGGCUUCCCAUCAAGGAAACUACCAUUAAAGGGUGCAGGUAAGUUAUAACCAUUCCAUUCUAGCAUGUUUCUUGUAAGAAAACAAUCAAGGGGUGUUCGAGGAGUUCGAGGAGCUAGAAUGUAAACAGGAUUACUAGAAAUAAAAAAGUGAUCAAAUAUGUGUUGGAUCGGGGACAAGAACAAAAUUAAAGCAUAAAAAAUAAAAAUGAUAUAAAUGAAAUAAGAUUAAUAUUACAAUUCAAGUCGAAAA